AUGGAUCACUUCUUCCCAGGCAAAACCAACGACGACGAAAUUAAAUUUAAUUACACUCCCGAUCACUCGGAGGCUCUCGAUAUACUAGAUUUAGAACUCGUCUUCGGGAGCCUCAAAAGCGGCAAAGCCCCGGGACUAGACAAAAUUGACUACCGCAUGUGGAGAGCGGUUUUUAACAUUGAUAAAGAUUUUAAACUAGACAUUUUUAAUCUUUGUUUUUAUUAUAAUUACUUUCCGGAAUGCCUCAGGAACGGCAGGGUCUUCUUUUUACUUAAAAAUGGUAAGGACCCUGCCUUAUGCUCUUCUUACCGACCGGUUUGCCUUCUGUCAACGCUGGGUAAAAUCCUCGAAAGAUUAUUUUUAAUAAAACUUAAUCAGUGGCUGGAUCGUAACAAAAUACUUCACGAUAAUCAAUUUGGAUUUAGAGAGGGCCGCAGUUGCGAUCUGGCCAUUGAUAAAUUAAUUGAUAAUAUAAAAUCUCGUGUCCAUGGAGAGCACCUGGCCCUCAUCUCCCUGGACAUUAAAUCAGCGUUUGACAAUAUGAACUGGCUUUUGCUGGUGGUCGGUGGCCGCACUUCUUAUGUUCUCUCGGACAACGUAAAUACUACCUUAGCCACCGUCCACCAAAAAUUAACAUCUAUAAAAUUAAGGCUUUCAAUCGAGAAAUGCCAGGCCAUCGUUUUUAGAAGCCUGUCCUCCCGAAAAUUCUCCGAAAGAAACUCCACUACCCUGAACCGCAAGCCUACCUACCGCAUCGACGGCAACCCAAUUAAAAUUGGCGACAGCCUGAAGAUCCUGGGAAUAACCAUAGACAAUAAACUUACUUGGACCGCCAACAUUUUGACCCUAACCGAAAAGGCCCUUAAUUUAACAUCUAAUUUUAACAGGGAGAUUCAAUACAAUUGGAGCCUAGACAAUAAAAUUAUCAAAUUUUGGUACAAUACCGUCAUCGAAAAGGCCCUGCUCUACGGUUCUAGUAUUUGGGGCGGGGACUUAACAAAAGCCCAAAUAUCUAGGCUCCAUACCAUACAAUGGAUUUUUCUUAUACGUUUCACCCGGGCCUAUAGGACCACGUCCACCAACCUCUUAAACGUAGUUACAGGAUGCACAAUUCCCCACGCAUCUAAUUACAAGUGGUUAUGGUGGGGGGCCGAAAUAAAGAUUCGAAAUCUGACGAUACGGGUGCUGCAUCGGGCUCUCAGUCCAGAGCCACAAAUAGCAAGCCGGGUGUAA